ACAGUCCAGAAAAAGAACCAAAAAAGAAAAAACAUUGCUCCCUAAGCCUGUUGCUCUCUUUCUCUCCGUCUCCCAGAUCUGUUGGCUUUCAUUAAUUCUCUCUUGAGUAACAAACAAAAUCAUGGUGAAAGCAUAUGCCCAAGAGUACACAUACAAGCACCCAUGGGAGCGGGUAACUUCAGCAUCAUGGAAAAAAUUUGCUGACCCUGAAAAUAAACGCACAUUGUCUCAUAUCCUUGAAGUCGACACUCUCAACCACAAGCUGGAUCCUAGUUCUGGAAAGCUUUACACCACGCGUGCUAUCACUGUCAAUACCCCAGGACCAUGGUUCAUUCGCAGAAUUGUUCGCCAGGAUGUAUGCCAUUGUGUUGAAUCAACAGUUGUGGAUGCAAAAGCGCGAUCAAUGCAACUCAGCACCCACAAUAUCAGUCUUGAAAAGUUCAUUGAGGUGGAUGAGAAGAUCAGAUAUGAUCCUCACCCAGCAAAUCCUGAUGAAUGGACAAUCUGCCGCCAAGAGACUAGUAUCCGGAUCAAGCCAUUAUCAGCAUUGGCGUCAAUGGCAGAAAAGGUUGAGCAAAAGUGUGCUGAAAAGUUUGUGCAGAACAGUGCCAAGGGUAGGGAGGUUAUGGAGAGAAUAUGCAAGUAUCUUGAAGCAGAAUCGAGGGGGAUGUCUGCCUGAUCUGACUGGAUUUUUGUAUUACUAGAUUGUAGGACUUUUGUGCUGUUUCAAAGUAGAAACAAUAAAUGAAGUAAUGAACGCAAGAUUGUAGAACUGUGGUGAACGCAAGAUUGUAGAACUGUGGAGAAUUAUUAACCUUGAAUCACUUGGUUGAAGUUUUGAUACAAC